AUGUCGGACGACGAAGUUACCGAGUUAUCUAUGGAGGGAAACGCGAAGGAAAACGUUGUGGAAAGCGGAGUAUCGAAGGAAAAUGGACAAGGAAACGUAGCUGUACCGUACGGAGAAAUAUUAGUUAAAUUGAGAAAGGAAAAAAGAACCCGAAAGACUAGAUUAACUAAAUCGAAGCAUCGUUUGCAGAAAUUAGCUAAGAUGAGAGCUACAAGAGAGGAAAUCGAGAGUUGUAUCGAGGAAAUAUGGGAAAUUUUAGAGGAAGCACAGGCGGUGAUGGAUGAGAUGAGUGUGUUAGCUUUAAAAAUGGAAAAUACUGAGUUACAAUCGGAAAUAAUGAAAGAAUCGGACAGUUUACAGGAAGAAACACAAGAAGUAAUUGAACGUGCUGAGGAAAGGUUGACGGACUUGAUGUUAGAAGCGAGAAG